AUGGACCAGUGCAGCAAUCCAGCAACCCCUGUCUUGGAAAUCGCCUGCUUCAAUCAGGAAUCCGCCAUCAACGCAGCCAAUGGUGGCGCUGAUCGAAUUGAGCUUUGCCGGGACUACGCGUCUGGGGGGCUUACGCCAGCCGCCACAACUUUGAGGGCACUCAAGUAUCUGAUUGAUAUUCCAAUAUACGUAAUGAUUCGUCCACAUUCCAAGACCUUCUGCUACGAUAAGGCAUCAUUUGAGAUCAUGAAAGCCACAGUGUCCACUAUGAGGGAUCUCGGGGCGGAUGGGUUUGUUUUCGGUAUUCUCAACCCACAUUAUGAAGACCGCUCGAAAGGUUUGUCCUCAUGGAUUGAUGUCGCCAGAAACAGGGAGCUUGUCAAGCUUGCGGAAGGCAGACCGUGCACUUUUCACCGCGCCUUUGACUGCGUUCCGGAAUCUCACUGGGACACAGCUCUGAAUGACUUGAUCAGGUGUGGCUUUGCAUCAGUUCUGACCAGUGGAGGCCCGUCGAGUGAUAGGGCAAUCGACUGCGUUGAGAAAAUAGCCAACCUUGCCCAACAACUUGAUCAACUACAAGGUCCUUCCCAAUUAAGCUGCAGCCCUCUACGGAUCAUCGUUGGUGGUGGAGUGAGAUCGAGUAAUAUUCAAUCUUUACUGAGAACGUCCCACGCGCGAGCAUUCCACUCCAGUGCGCUUCUGUCUUCCGGUGGAACCGUCGUGAUGUCCGAGGUGGAGAGGCUUCGAGCCACGUUGAGGAGAAGUUCACUGCAGCGAAAACUCAACCCCGGAAACAGAGAAUGA